AUGCAAAAAUUACUUGAUGAUACUGAUAAAGCUAUUAAAGAAGGUGUAAAAAAUAAUAAAGAAUCAAAAAAUCAUUUAAUUCUUUUAAUUAAAAAGAUACUUACUGAUUUAGGAUAUUUUGGUGAUCCUGAACUUAUUCUUACAAAUCCAAAAAGAAUACUUGAACUUUCAAAUAAUAUUAUUCUUCAAUAUAAUAAAUAUAUUAAUGAAAAACAAAAUUUAUCUAAAAUUCUUGUUUCUCCAAAAGUUAAUCUUUCUGUUAAUUCAUUAGAAUCUCUUGAUCAUAGAAUUAACUCAAAAAAUGCUUUACUUCCUAUUGAAAUUGAAAAUAAUACUUAUGAAAUUGAAUCUCCUAUUUUAUUCUUUGGAGAUGAUACAAAACAAGUUUGGCAAUACCAAUUUCAAGAUAAUCAAAAUUUACCAAAGAUAGAAGAUAUGAAUCUUAUUGAAGUUUCUACUAAAGAAGAAUUAAAAUUAUUUAUGGAAAAAGUUAUGCAAUAUCAUCAAGUUUCUCUUUCAUUUGGUAUUGAUAAAAGAAACAAUUAUAGAGGAUAUCUUUGUAUUCUUUUUAUUGCUUUUAGUAAUUUUGUUUAUGUUCUAGAUAUUUUAAAAUUAAAAGAAUCUUUUGAGAUAAUCUCUAUUCUUUUUGAAAGUACUUCUAUUGAAAAAGUAUGUUAUAAAGCUUUUGGAAUUAGAACAUUAUAUUAUCAAUUUAAAAUAACAACAAAUAAUGUAUUUUUAUUAGAUGUAGCUUGUCAAAAAAUGAAUAUUUGUUAUAAUUAUUCUGAUUUAUUUAAAACAAUGACAAAUAGAAUUCCCGAAACAAAUGAUGAAUGGAUGAUUAGACCUUAUUCAAAAUAUAUUAUUUGUUGGUUUGGAUUAGAUACAUUACAACUUCUUAAUUUCUCUAUUAAAAUACGAAAUAAAUUAAUAGAACAACAUCUUCUUCAUGAUGUAUUUAUGGAAAGUGAUAAAGAAAUAUUACCAGGUGGAAGAAAAUAUGAAUUGAAACGAAUUAUUAAAAAGAGAGCGUCUUAUAGAAAGUAUUCCAAAGAACAAUUUAAGGCAUUUAAUCAAUUAUGUGAAUGGAGAGAAACAACAGCAAAAAACCAAAAUAUUAGUGUAAAUGAAAUUCUAAAACUUAGUGAAAUUGAAACAAUAAUUGGAAGUGGUGCUUCUAGUUUAGAAGAAUUUAGUGAUAUUUUACCAAAUAAUGGAAUGGUAUUAUUGUAUGGAGAUGAAAUUACUUCAAUUUUACAAGAUUAUCAUUUUCAUUUUAAUUCUAUUAAACAACAUGGUUGGAUUAAUGUUGAAGGUGUAUUUUCUAAAGAAGAACCAAUGAUGAUUUUCAAACACUGUGAAUGGAAAGAACAAGAAAGAAAGUUAAAAGAAAGUAUUCAAAAACCAUAUGACGUUCUAUCAACUAAUGAUACAACCCCUUUGGAACAAAUGAUUUUAAAAAAAGUAUUAUUAACACCUACUGUAGAAGAGUAUGAAGAACUAAGAAAUGAACAUACACCAUCACCACAAUUACCAGAAUCUAUAGAAGAAAUAUACAAAUGGUCAAGGUUAAGUCGUAAAAUUAACAAAAAGAAAAUAAAUAAAAUGUAA